UUAAAAACAAAUAUGGCUGAAUUCACAGAAAAUUUGCAAAGAAUUGGACCCUCCUCAUUUCCAUUCUUGGACAUUGAUCCAAGCAUGGAACUCCUAAACCAAUUCAUAGGGAUGAACCAAUUAUAUGUUCUAGACAACUCAAACUUGAUGCCUUAUUUCUCCUUUGACACCUUCUUAUUGGGCCCCCAAGAACCUGAGUUUCCAGGAAACUUGGAAGAAGAUUUUCCUUUUCUCUUCAAUCAUGUCAACCACAAUAAUGCACUUCCUAUUUCCCUCCCCAUUUUCCAAGCAGAAAAUGAGAUCCAUGAAGGUAAAAAGAGGAAAUCAAUGGAUCUUCCUGAGACCAGUUCAGUAAACUCAACUCCUAAAGUUUCUGAGAGUGGAAACAAUUCUGGAAGAGGAAAGAGAGUGAAAAACAAUGUAACAGAAGAGGAGAAGGCAAAGGAAGUGGUUAAUGUCAGGGCUAGAAGUGGUCAAGCUACCGAUAGUCGCAAUUUAGCAGAAAGGGUUAGAAGAGGGAAAAUCAAUGAGAAAUUGAGGUACUUACAGAAUAUUGUUCCAGGGUGUUACAAGACAAUGGGUAUGGCAGUAAUGUUGGAUGAAAUCAUAAACUAUGCGCAGUCCUUGCAGCAUCAAGUAGAGUUCCUUUCUUUGAAGCUUACUGCACCAAGUACCUUUUAUGGCUUCAAUUCCGAGAUAGAUGCUUUGGAAACAAUGCAGAGAGCAAGGGCAUCCGAGGCAAAAGAGUUAGGCAUGUAUAAGAGAGAAGGGUAUGGAGGGGUUUCUUUCUUUCAACAAACAUGGCACCUUUGACUUCAGUUUUGGAUAUGUUUUACUCAGCAGCUAUAAUAC